UUUCUAUUCGCUUCUCUCUCCUCCAGGUCUCUGUUCUCUCACAGAUGAAUCAUCCAAAUAUUGUGCGCUACUGUGACUCGUUUGAAGAUCUCACCUCCUUAUACAUAGUUAUGGAGUACUGUGACCAAGGUGAUUUGUACCACAAAAUCAAUGCCCAGAAAGGAGUACUCAUGGCAGAGUCACGUGUGCUGGACUAUUUUGUGCAAAUUUGUUUGGGUUUGAAGCAUAUUCACGACCGAAUGAUACUUCACCGGGACAUCAAAACACAAAAUAUUUUCCUUACGUCAGAUGGACGGGUGAAACUGGGCGACUUUGGCAUUGCCAAAGUUUUAAACCAUACUUUAGACCUUGCUCGAACGUGCAUCGGGACGCCGUAUUAUUUGUCACCCGAGAUUUGUGAAAACAAGCCAUACAACCACAAAAGCGAUAUCUGGGCUCUGGGUUGUGUUCUAUAUGAGAUGACAACGUUGAAGCAUGCAACCAAUAUUUUGGUUUGUAGAGACCGUCCGUCUAUUGCUACCAUUUUGAGAAAGCCUUUCCUAACCAAAAGAAUCCAUCGCUUUUUAACAGAAACGCAAGUAGCCGAAGAGUUUAGCCACACGGUUAUUCACAAGCGAAAAGCGAACGUCAAAUCCUCCGUGCCAGGGAGUCCCGUCCCUUUGGGUACACCCGCUGGAUCAGCAUCCAAACGGCCAUCUGUCGCCCUCAGUCCGAAGCCAAACCAACCGAUGGCGAUAAAGAAGACAAAGCCAACUGAAUUUGGGGCUUUGCGGAAUGGAAAAAGACCAACAACUGCUGAUAGCGAAGCGAAUUCGGUUGCCAGUUCAGUGCAAAGCAAUACUGGAUUGGAUAUCAAGAAGCGGAACGAAGAGGCCCUUGCGGAGUUAAACCGUAAACGCCAAAAAGAAAUUGUGGAUAAACAGAAGAUCGAACUUCGAAAUAGGAUCCGGGAACAUGGUUGGCGUAACAUAUUGGACCUCCGACCACCCAGUAGCGAAAAUGCCAGUGGACCGCCAAGCGAAAACCAAAGUGACAGACCACUUGCGGACAAGAAUGAAUCAAUGGCUCAAAAUUACAAACCAAACGGUCCAUUUGUGUGUCACGCUGAGCCUGUCAACACGCCCAUUCCAGCAGCAGUCAGCCGCCCGUCUUGCGUGCUGGUAGUUGCUGAUGCCUAUGCAAAGUACCGUGCAGAACUGGACCGAAUGAAGCAUGAGGCGGAACAGAGAGCUCAGGCGUUUGUUCAUAACGAACCGUUGUGUAAACCAAACGGUAAACCUGUAUUCAUGGCUCCAAAACCUGCUGUGGAAAAUUGCGGCCCGUUAAAACAGCCAGUACCUGAAGUCUUAGAACCAAAGAUCCCUCCAGCUGUUGACCGUCGACCACUGCAUCUUCAGCAGCAGAACAACUGUUUGGAUUUAAAACCUAAAGAUCCAGGCAAGUAUACAUACCGUACCAGUUUCGUCGAUCGAGUGCAGGAAGACCGGAAGAAAGACAAACAUCCAUUCAUUCGUCAAGUUGAUAUGAUUGCAGGCAAACAAACGUUUCUCCCUGGCUUCUUCCCUGCUCCGGUACCGGGACUUGGAGCGGCUCGUCGUGCACAGCUUGUGGAAGAAUUCCUCAUGGUCCGCCGUGAAGCAGCUAGAAACAAAGCGCGUGGUGGUGGCUAUUUGAUGGGCGUGGCUGCGGCUUUGGGAGCCUCCCCGCGCUAUGCCGAAUACGAUCGAGGCAAGUAUGGAUCAUCCAGUUUCGGGUUGUCUUAUUCUGUUCAGUGUAUUUUUCGAAACCCCUUGGUAUUGGAGGCCUUAUAUGAUCAGCUGACCAACGUGAUUCCUCAUUAUUUUCUGCAGCUCAAUGUUUUAGAGGAAAGAAGACGGAAAGUUGAAGAAGUGAAAAAUCAGGCGGAAAGUCGAGCUAAAAUGCUCCAAGACCAUUUAGAACAGAGACGAAGACAAAUGUGUGCUUCUGAUGUAGAAAAAGAGACAGAACUUUGUUCCAAUAACCAAGACAAUGCCAAUAAAGAGUCUUCAGUGAAAUCUGGUGUACAAGCUCCCGUGGCUCCGUCUAUUAGCAUGGUGCUGAAGAUUCUUGAGCCACCGAGCCCACACGUCUCACCAGUACCACCGACACCAUUUCAAAAGGCACCGCCACGUCAAACCUGUCUAAGCAACUCAACCCAACAAACUGAACAAGGACCACAGAAGAAGCAACAAUCAACAAAGACCGAAGAAACCAUGGAAUUAAACUCGAUGCAUGCGGAUGAUAGUGAGAGUAUAACCACCUCUGCGGAUAGCAUCAUGUUACAAAGGGGGUCUUCAGUGAAAUCUGGUGUACAAGCUCCCGUGGCUCCGUCUAUUAGCAUGGUGCUGAAGAUUCUUGAGCCACCGAGCCCACACGUCUCACCAGUACCACCGACACCAUUUCAAAAGGCACCGCCACGUCAAACCUGUCUAAGCAACUCAACCCAACAAACUGAACAAGGACCACAGAAGAAGCAACAAUCAACAAAGACCGAAGAAACCAUGGAAUUAAACUCGAUGCAUGCGGAUGAUAGUGAGAGUAUAACCACCUCUGCGGAUAGCAUCAUGUUACAAAGGGGCAUUGACAUACGUAAAACAAAGAGAAACAUUCUCCGCCGACUGAAUGCUCGAUCUGCAGAUUCAAGGCGCCACUGGAAUUGGGAGCAUGAUCCAGUAUCACAGCUAAAAUGUGGAGCUGAUGAUCAAAGCUCGUGCAACUUGAUACCACAAUCAUGUAUCGAACCAAAUUCAAAUAAUUCACCAACUGAUAUCAAAUCAGCUGCUAUCGCGAGUUUGGCUGAAACAAAAAGACCUGAUGGGGUGGGAAAUGCUUGCCUGGAUCCGACUGCCCGCGCGCACUGGGCCAAUCAGGGAACAACUAUUGUACGGAAGCUCAGUGAAGCGACUGUCACUCCUGCUAUCUGUGAGGGCACAGGGAAAGUGGGUGGCAUUGCUUUUGAGGCCGAACUCGACUUGAGUGCGUCUGAGAACCCACUAACAUUGGCUCCGAGGCUGAACAAAGAACCUUCAAAAUGUGCCUGGUUUUUGUCAGCCGAAGAAGUUGGUUCCAUUCAAACCCAGCCUGGAAAUGACAUGACACCGGGACCGAGUGGCCCCGGUGGGCCGAAUGUCAACCUGUCGUCAUCCAGUAUUCCAUCCACAAAUACGUCGCCUAGUCGUACACUCAUCCCAAACUGCAAAGAAGUGGUAGAAAAUCCAACGUUGGUUAGGAUGGACACAUAUAAUGUCGAAAUUCCACAAAUAGUUAAACCAACAUCCAGUUCUACCCAAGUCUGUCUGUUUCAAAAGGUUGAUUUUUUGGACGACACCACUUACAAGAACGCAACCCUGUCGCGCACAUCGGAUGCCUUGGCAUGUGAGGUACAUGAUUUGGAACCAGUUCCUGCGCAACUGCGUAAUGAAGACAGUGGCCACACAAUGAGGCGAGAACAAACAGAUCCAGUGCAAAGCACGGGACCGUUGCCUGAGCUCAGUCAACUGAUCGGGGAGCUGAAACAAAGACUGCUAUCGGGUAGCAGCACAGAUCACUCCAAAAAGGAUGAAGGUGCACUAAAUGGAUACACGGAAGAGGUAACCAGAGUGCUCAGCUCCGCCCAGAGAGUUUCGGAGAAUGUCAACCAAUCAGCGCUAGAUCGGAACACUUACAAGCUGAAUUAUUCGGACGAAGGCAACAUUAUACAACGGACCAAUAAUCAAACUGAGUGGCAAUUCAGAAAUCCCACCCUACAGUCCUCGGUGGUAUUUUCGAGCAAUCCCACUGCCACAUCAGGGGGAAAAGAACCCAUUUUCGCUUCCCGGCUACUUUGUUCAUCCAAACGGGCCUGCUGGUCCACAGAAUCCAUAAGUAUUUGUGGAACGGAUACAUAUCAAGCUCCCGAUAAAGGGUCGUGGUUGCGUGUACCGGACUGUGGCAGCCUUUCAAGGCGUUCUGCUUCUGUGGAUUCUCAAGUGGGGAUAUCGUACUGCGGAACGUCAACACGGAGAACAGCGGAUGUGUCGGAAACGGUCAGAAUUAGUGCUUAUGAGCACCGGAAUCAAUUAGGGGAUGCACUGCAGAGUGAGAUCAAGGUAUCCGUAGAUGAUUUGCGGGAUGAAAGCGAUGAAUUUACGGACAAUGAGCAUGCUACGGAUGAUGAAUUCAGCGAGGAAUUGGAGGAGGACAGCGAAGAAGAGCAUCAGGCUAAGGAUCACCGGUCCGUACAAAAGAACCGGCUGGCACGACUCACUGAAGUGGAUGAAGAGUUUGGUGUGUCUGAUUACGACUGUGAUUCAGAUAUUGACGAGGACACAGUCGAAGAAUAUGAAGAUGGCGACAGACAGAAGGAUGAGGGAAGAAGGAAAACACCGGAACCUAAUUGUUUUGAUGACGAGGAGAACGAAAACGCCAACAUGUCAAGUGACACCAGAUUUCUACGCCUGGAGCGGAUGCGAGCAGACCUCGAGCGAGAGCUUGGUAUAGAGCAGCUUCUACGCGCCUAUAAUAUUAUCCAGGCUUUGCAAGAGGAUGAAGAUGAGGAUAUCACGGCUAGCGAAAAGGCAGUGAGCAAUGUUCUUGGUGAAACCAAAGCUGCAGCUUAUUACGAUCGCAUUCUUCAGCUGGUUUUGGCGGAUGGUGCUUACAUGGAUGUGGCACUCGUGCAUCCAAGCUAUUGCGUUCAACGCAAAGCUCUCUUCCCAACCCCCAUACUUGAGAGUCCACUGACAGACCUGGACAUACGCACCAAUUUAUCAGCUCCCGUCUCCAAUGCGCAGCUACCUAGCGCACCUCCCCAAAUCAUCGGUGAACGGUGGCAGCUACAACCACUGUACAACAAGUACCCGGUUCUCACAGCUGAUAAUGACCAUGAUGAUGACAUCUCGGGAUCCAGACUAUGGGUUUCGGAGU